AUGGAGUCCGUACUGUGGUUAGCCUUGAUUUCAGCUGGGUGUCUGUGUCUGGCUAGUGUCGCGGCUGGUCCAGUUUCUAGGAAAAACACAUUCGUAGAACUAGAUUCAGAGCUAUUGGAACGCAUUGAACUGACCACUGAGGAAAUAGCAAGAAAUUCGACAAGAGAAUUCGUAGACCACGAAAUUCAAGCCAUGAUUGAUUUGUUCGUUGGAAAUUUAAACAUCACGAUCGUCGACUUACAGCAAUAUUCCAACUUCCGGAAUAGUUCCAAUUUUGAUGAUACACGAAUGAAAGAAUUUCAAAAAAAAGGAUUGAUAAUGUAUGAAAACACUGCAAUUACCAUAGAUUACGUUGUAUAUAAAAUCGGUGUUCUAACGAAGUCAAUUGAAGAACUUGAACAGCUCGAAAAAUAUAUAAUUGAUGAGGAAAAAAGAUUAAAAGAUCUUUCUAAUAAUUCACUACAAAAAAAAACAAAAUCGGUUUUGGAAAAAAUACAAACGACCAAGAGAUUCAUCGGUAAUCACGUGGACCAUUUAAAAGAAGUCAACGAAGUAUUAAAGGGUCUUGGUGAAAAACUUAUGAAAACAUUAAAAGUUUCCAACAUUCAAACUAAUACUGAUUAG